GUCCCCAGCGCGGCCACCCCCGUGUCCUAUCGUGUCCCCGCAGUCGAUAUCCCAGCGGGGUCCCGCCGAGCGCCGGCGGCACCGCCGAGCCCGGAGCAUCCGCACAUCCCUGGGGGGACCCUGCCCGCGGCACCCCCGGGCCCGGCCCUGCCCCGCCGCUGGCAAGGUCGCGGUGACAAAGGCACGGCGAGGUCGUGGUGACCCCGCCAUUGCCCUGGGGACAUUUGUCCCUACUCCCUGCCGGAGAGCCCGUGGACUUUGAGCCGAGCCUGGGAGCGGCGCUGGGACGCGUCUGGAGGCGCUGGCAUCGCCCCAAAGCUCCCCGAGAGCCGGCUGCGGACAGCAGGUGCCCAGUGGCUCUGCAGUGACUGGAAAGGGCAGCGAGCUGCAGGUGGCCUGGAGCAGGAGGGGCUGGACAGCGACAGGGAGAAGGUGCAGAGCCCCAGGGAGCAGCUGGAGCAGAGACACGGCCAUCACCUGCCCCAGCACCCCUGUCCCAGCCUGGGGGACACAUCCAGCGCCUGUCCUGACUGUGCCAGCACCCUGUGAGGAGCCGGUGGCACCACCAUGUCCCAGGCAGGAGGUACAGCAGGAGCUGAGGAGGCCUUUGAACACCGUGACGUGGUCAUCAACAGCCAGGACAAGGUUUCAGACGUGUACACACAGCUGGAGAAGCUGGGGGAGGGGAAAUUCGGGACUGUGUACAGGCUGCAGGAAAAGGCCACGGGCAGGAUCCGAGCUGGGAAAUAUUUCCGGGUGCGCACGGCCAAGGAGAGGCAGGCGGCGCGCGCCGAGGUGGAGCUGAUGAACCUCCUGCACCACCCACACCUUGUGCAGUGCCUCGAGGCCUUCCAGGAGCCCACCCAGCUGGUGAUGGUGAUGGAGUACGUGGCAGGUGGGGAGCUCUUUGAGCGCAUUGUGGACGAUGACUUCGAGCACACGGAGCCCAGCAGUGCCCAGUACAUGCAGCAGAUCCUGGAGGGGCUGCAGUUCAUGCACGGCCAGGCCAUUGUCCACCUGGACCUCAAACCCGAGAACAUCGUCUGCGUCAGCCCCGGCAGCCACCGGGUCAAGAUCAUCGACUUUGGCUUGGCACGGAGGCUGGCUCCAGACACUCCUGUGAAGGUGCUGCACGGCACCCCUGAGUUCAUGGCUCCAGAAGUGGUCGCCUUCGAGCCCGUGAGCCUCUCCACAGACAUGUGGAGUGUUGGUGUCAUCUGCUACAUCCUGCUGAGUGGGGAGUCACCCUUCCAGGGGGACACGGACAUGGAGACCCUGAGCAAUGUCACAGCUGCCCGGUGGGACUUUGAGGAGGAGACCUUCUCGGAGAUCUCCCAGCCAGCCAAGGACUUCAUCAGCCAGCUGCUGCAGAAGGAGCCCUGCCGGCGGCUCCCCAGUGCAGGGGCUCUGCUGCACCCCUGGCUGCAGCAGCCCCAGCCCAGCAGCCCCAAGGUGCUGUCCAAGGAGAGGAUCAGGCAGUUCCUGGCACGGAGGAAGUGGCAGAAAACAGGGAAAGCCCUGCUGGCUCUCAAGAGGCUGACCCAGCUGUCCCAGAGCCUGGAGGGGAAGGCAUCAAAGGCUCAGGACGAGGAAGGCCUGGGCUGCAGCCUGCAGGAGGACCAGCCCUCCAGAGCUCUGCCCCAAGGAGGUGCCAACCCCUCGGAGCUGCUGACAGACCAGGAGGAGGAGGAGGAGGAGGAGUAUGGUGGGAGCACUGCAGCCUCAGGGCAGUGACAGCGUGGUCCUGUCACCCCCAGCCUGGACCACCUGGGGAUGGGGAUGGUGCCCCCCCAGCAGCUCCCAGCGUGACCUGGCCAGCCUGGGGCAGACCCAGACCCCCCUGGGGGUGAGCUCUGGGGUCCCUGGGGUCCCUGUGCUGCUGUCCCUGCCACCAAUAAAGCACUGACAGUCUCUGCA